ACUUCCAGAUGUUAUUUGCCCGGAUUAUAUUACCAGUAUGAGGGAAAUAUCCCACUAAUCCAGAAAAACUGGUUUUCCCUGCAGAUCAUGUGACAGGAUAGAAGCCACGCCCCCUGACCUGGCAUGGCUCAGUGCCGUCUGCUUCCCUGACCUCCCUGCUGGAUCCCGAACCUCACACUCCCAUCCAGGAGACCUCUGAAGGGUCACACCGUCCUCCUGAAGGGUCACACCUUCCUCUGCUGACCUCCUCAGUGUUGCUGGAGGCUUAUGAGUUCAGUCACCUGAUCAGGGGUUGUUUGAACACCCGUCAGCCCUGAUAGAUUCUCUAUGAUGAGAGAAUAGGAGGAGGAGGGGAUGAUGGACUCACACAACGCUCCUCUAUUACAGCUGGAGGAGUGAGACUUCAACCCAGAUAAGAGCAGAGCCUAGAGGUACAGAUUGUAUAGCAAGAGUCUCCGAAACCUGGAAUAAUCUGGCAGGUGACUCCACCAAUCCAUAGAAUAUGACUUGUGUAUGGACUGUCCCUUUACAGACACCGUGAUAUGGAGUACAGGUGCUGAAAAACGGGUGAGACUGCAAUGACCAGUCUGGACGGCAGCCAUGGAGAGAAAUCACGACAGUCCACUGCCAAAGCCACGGCUCCCAAAGUGGAGGUCCAGCGCUCCAUUUCCCGAGAGACCAUCACUAUUCGCUUCUCGGCUCUUGGGAAGGAAGAGGAAGAAGAAGAAGAAACGCUCUGUGAAGACCUGGAAGACCAGAACAUUGUCACAGCAGUGGAAGCCAAAGAGGACCUGGACUUGGACACCCCCACAGACUUGACCUCCGAUCCGGCUACCUCUUCUAGCAUGACCGUAAUAGAGACAUCAAUGCCAACAUCACUGUCUACCGCCAAGCCAACUGGGGACACUGUCGGUGCUGCCGAAGCUUCUUCACCCACCGUGUCCAGUGAUGUGCCAUCGUCCUUGUCAACGUCCUCUUCCCAGCAGAGUCUAGAUGCCAUUUCCACCAACAUUUCAUCCAGCCUGGAACAGAGGCCAGUAAAAGUCUCUUCUCCAUCCAAAGCCCUCGCUUUGUCCUCUUCAUCCUCCUCUUCAUCCAUCUCGGGCACAAAGCCAUUUCUGAGUUUAGUUAAGUCCCUCUCCACUGAGGUAGAGCCAAAGGAGUCCACGCCGCCCACACGGCACAGGCAACUAAUGAAAACACUAGUAAAAUCCUUGUCCUCCGACACCUCCAAACAGGAUCCCGACUCCCUUCCUCACAGGCCACUCGACUCCAAGCUCAAUUUACAUUUGUUCAAACAAUUUACCCAGCCGCGAAUUACCGGAGGCGACUCUAAAACUGCCCCUUGUUCUCCUAUCACCUCCCCUUCUGAUGGCCGCUCCUUCUUCAGGGUAACUGAAGUGGAGGCUAAAAUCGAGGACACUAAAAGACGCUUCUCCGAGGUCAUCUACGAACCUUUCCAGCUUCUUAGUAAAUUUAUGGGAGAGGAGCCUUUAAGCUACAGGCCCAAAGCCUUAUCCUCAAGUGCGUCUGAGCUCUCCAACCUCUCCAGUCUUAAUGGCCACCUGGAGAACAACAACAACUACAGCAUCAAGGAGGAGGAAGGAGACGCCGAGAUCGAUUCCUCCACCGGUGAGUCCAGCCAGCUGAAAGAUGAGAAGACCCGAAAUUCCAUGGAAGACCGGAAGGAGCUCGGGGCAACGCCGACCAACAAGGACACGGGGUUCAAAUCCUCAGCUUCAGUUCUGGAGAAAUGUUCUCUGUCUGUUCUGGCCAGCAAAGAGGACGAGGAGUUCACGGAGCUCUACCCGGAAGACUUUGACUUUGACGAGGAAAGCGAGGAGUACCAGGAUGUGGAGGACUCCGAGGAGGCGGUCCGGAUUGGUUCUCUUUCUGACCAAGAACUGGAUGUAUAUGUGGAACGCUCUGACAUUCCGGUGCAGACGCUCUAUUUCCUGGUGGUCUUGGUGUACGGAUAUUUUCUACUACCCCUUCCCAGCUACAUCUCCGGCCUCUGCCUGGGAAUUGCCUUCGGAUUCAUGGCUGCUAUCGGUAUCAUUUGGCUUUUCGCAUCUCCACGUUCCUGUCGUUUAAACCAGAGUCUCUUUCUUCGCCUGUCAACUCUAGAACCCCUGAGAAUCAGCGAGCCGGAAAUACUGAAAGGAUGGAUGAACGAGAUCCAGAAUUACGAUCCGGAGACCUAUCACGCCACCCUGACGUCUUCAGUGUUCGUUCGUCUGGAAGGCUCCACAUUGCGUAUCUCCAAACCCAACAAAAACGUCUCGCGGAGAGCCAUCUACAACGAGUCCAAACCCGAAGAGGUCUUUGUGAGCCAGAAGAUCUACGACUUGGUAGACUGCAAGGUGACUCUGGAACCCCGGAGCCUGGCACGUAAGCGGCUGUGGAACAAGAAGUACCCCAUCUGUCUGGAACUCGCCCACCAGGAGGAUUUCAUGUCUAAAGCUCAGGUAGAAAAGAACAGCAGUGAGGAGAAAGGAGACGGCUCCUCACAAGAUGGCGGAAAGCUGCUUUGUAACCGGGAAGAAGUGUUGUACUUGUUUGGAAGGACCGGCCGGGAAAAGGAAGAAUGGUUCCACAAGUUUCUUCUCGUCUCCAAAAUGAAAACCGAACCAAAAAAAGGAGGUGGGACUUCGGCAUUAAAAGCAGGUCUCCUCCUGACACACAGCCGGAGUAGCAGUAAGGGGAGUAUGGAUGAGGUGAUUUCCCAGCCACGGAGUAAGGAGCUUCCAGGGAGCGUGAAGCAAAAAAUGCCUCUGGAUUACAACGUUUACAUGGCACAAUGUAUUCCACAAGAGGAGACGAGCCCCGAGGAAAGCCCAGCACAAAGCGCCAACAGCAGCCCCACUGCUGCCAAGAAGACUGACACGGUGAUGGUGGACGAAGAAGCACAGGCCUGGGUGAAUGCUCUUCUGGGACGCAUCUUCUGGGACUUUCUAGGGGAGAAGUAUUGGUCAGACUUGGUAUCUAAGAAGAUUCAGAUGAAGCUGAGUAAGAUAAAGCUGCCGUACUUCAUGAAUGAGCUGACGCUGACAGAACUGGAUAUGGGUUUCUCUGUGCCGAAAAUCCUUCACGCCUACAAACCCACCAUUGACCAUCGAGGUCUGUGGACUGACCUGGAGAUCUCCUAUAACGGCUCCUUUCUCAUGACCUUGGAGACCAAGAUGAACCUGACCAGACUGGGGAAAGAGCCCUUUGGGGAGGCCCUAAAAGUCAGUGAUAUUGGAAAAGAGGGGGCCAGGCCGAGGGCGUACUACCUGGCAGACAGCGAUGAGGAGUCGUCCAGCGCCGGUUCCUCAGAUGAAGAGGACGCCCCCGAAUUAUCAGGAGACAAGCAGCAGCCUGGAGCAGAGGGGUAUGGGGGGCCCCACCGCACCAGUAAGAUCAUGAGGUUUGUAGAUAAGAUCACCAAGUCCAAAUAUUUCCAGAAAGCCACAGAGACGGAGUUCAUCAAGAAGAAGAUAGAAGAGGUGUCCAAUACUCCGCUGCUGCUCACCGUGGAGGUCCAGGAGUGCCGAGGGACACUGGCCAUUAACAUUCCACCACCACCCACCGACCGCAUAUGGUAUGGGUUCCGGAAGCCGCCACACCUGGAACUGAAAGCUCGACCCAAACUUGGGGAGCGAGAGGUGACCUUGGGUCAUGUGACCGAGUGGAUUGAGAAGAAGCUGGAGCAGGAAUUCCAGAAAAUAUUUGUCAUGCCAAACAUGGACGACGUGUAUGUGACGAUAAUGCACUCGGCGAUGGACUCGCGUUCCAGCAAAGAUUCGGACGCGGAGGCCACGACGGUGGAUGCCCCAUGAAAUGUGAAGUGGUGGCCGUUUACAGUAUUAGACUUUUUAUUCUGUUGUAAAGCGCGUUGUGAACAUCACUGUGCCCCCCGCUCAGGGAUGUUACCAGUACCGGAUUACUGCAGAGUGUCGGAGUUCCUCCUAAACGCCACACCUUCUUUACUGCCAAUCCCCGACCACCCAGCAGACUCUCCAUUAUCCUCACGUUCCAUCAUCUUCCCGGGAAGGUGGAGCCUCCAGUAUGGGUUGUAUAUGAGAUGAGAGGCGGAUGGAGGAGGAGAUUUGUUAGGACCCUUCUCAGUGACUGCUCACCGACUUCCUGCCGGCACAUGGAUGGCGCCGCCAUUGACCGACUUCCUGCCGGCACAUGGAUGGCGCCGCCAUUGACCGACUUCCUGCCGGCACAUGGAUGGCGCCGCCAUUGACCGACCUUCCUGCCGGCACAUGGAUGGCGCCGUCAUUGACCGACUUCCUGCCGGCACAUGGAUGGCGCCGUCAUUGACCGACUUCCUGCCGGCACAUGGAUGGCGCCGUCAUUGACCGACUUCCUGCCGGCACAUGGAUGGCGCCGUCAUUGACCGACUUCCUGCCGGCACAUGGAUGGCGUCGUCAUUGACCGACUUCCUGCAGGCACAUGGAUGGCGCCGUCAUUGACCGACUUCCUGCCGGCACAUGGAUGGCGCCGUCAUUGACCGACUUCCUGCCGGCACAUGGAUGGCGCCGCCAUUGACCGACUUCCUGCCGGCACAUGGAUGGCGCCACUAUUGAAAGACUUCCUGCCGGCACAUGGAUGGCGCCGCCAUUGACCGACUUCCUGCCGGCACAUGGAUGGCGCCACUAUUGAAAGACUUCCUGCCGGCACAUGGAUGGCGCCGCCAUUGACCGACUUCCUGCCGGCACAUGGAUGGCGCCGUCAUUGUUCUAUACCAACACUCCAGGAAAGUGGUAAUAGCACAACCCCAGCCCGCCCGGUGGUGUCCAGCCUGUGCAGGAAAUGUUAGGGGGGGUAAGAAAGCCCCACACACCCAAUGCACUAUAUCUCCGGUGGGUGACCAGACUGGGACGGGCCUGGAGAAGAGACACAAGCCAUACAAUCCAGGAGGUGAGCUCACUGCCUGGUCUGCGCCCAUACAACUUCUCCUCCUCCAAUCAGAGCCUGGCUCUAGCAGAAAGGGGCUGUACUAGGAGGAUCUCCUACUCUGGAGAAUGGCUGAGGUGGUGAUAAUCCCGCCUCUUGGCUGCCUGGACCAAUGGGGAAGGCAUCACACUAACAUAGGAAUAAACUAAAAAGCACUUUCUACAUACGAGUAACACGUAAAACAAAUCCCAGCAACAACGAUGUCCUGUACGGUGGGGCGUAGCUGUCCUUACCUGUGCCGUAUGGCGGCGUAGCUGUCCUUACCUGUGCCGUAUGGCGGCGUAGCUGUCCUUACCUGUGCCGUAUGGCGGCGUAGCUGUCCUUACCUGUGCCGUAUGGCGGCGUAGCUGUCCUUACCUGUGCCGUAUGGCGGCGUAGCUGUCCUUACCUGUGCCGUAUGGCGGCGUAGCUGUCUUUGCCUGUCUUGUAUGGCGGUGUAGCUGUCCUUACCUGUGCGGCGGCGUAGCUGUCCUUACCUGUGUCGUAUGGCGGCGUAGCUGUCCUUACCUGUGCCGUACGGCGGCUUACCUGUCCUUACCUGUGCCGUACGGCGGCGUACCUGUUCUUACCUGUGCCGUACGGCGGCUUAGCUGUCCUUACCUGUGCCGUACGGCGGCUUACCUGUGCCGUACGGCGGCGUACCUGUUCUUACCUGUGCCGUACGGCGGCUUACCUGUCCUUACCUGUGCCGUACGGCGGCUUACCUGUGCUGCUCAUAUACAGGACAUUGUGUUGCUGGGUUAGAUAUUCUGUAAAGUGAUUCCGUCAUGAAAUGAAGUCCGGCUGCUCCUCUUCCCUGGUGGCCACCCUCCGGCAGAGGUAUGUAGUUGGAACCUGCUUGGUGACCGCCAGGGAACGGGACACAACCCCCGACUUCUCCCGUGACGAGGACUUAGACGAGGGAUCAGUGUAGGGAUUAGGUGUGACCUUCUAUAUCACGCUUUUACUGUCUUUAGGGUUGCAGUACAGUCUCCCUGCCAGCAGAAUGCACUAGUGAGUCCCUUCUGACCAAAGCUUGGCUCACAGCACCCCCUGCAGGUCACGUGAUUGUACUGCAGCUGAUAUUUAUCCAAUGAAGGAGGCCGAGGAAUAUUGUGUAAUUAUUUAUUGUAUGUGUGUACAGAGAGAGCAUACGAUGCUUUAGUGACGUACAAUCACAGAGUGCGCGGUACGGGACCCGAGAGGUCACAGGUCAUACUGGGUGCCACGCCCAUCACCCCCCUCCCCCGCCAUGACUCCCAUCCAUAGAAGACCUUAUUUUUUUAUAGCUUUUGAGUUCUGGUGAAAUUGCCAAGUUGAUUUGCGCUGAUUGGCUGACAUUCGUUUACAUGUCAGACUGGAGAAUCGUUUUAUAGAUUAUUUUCUCGUCUUUUUUAGUGUUUUAUAAUUUGAAGCGUCUUUCCUGGACCCCUCCCCCUCCCCUGUGACGUUCUACGUACGUCUGAUCUCUGGUCUUCUCUGUGACACAAAACGCCCCUCCCCCGGAA